AUGGCUUACCCAAAAUUGUAUAAUGUCCUCUCCUUCUACCUUGCAACCAUCAUAGCCAUUUCUCAAUUCUUGAUUUCCAUCUUACCUUAUUUGAAUCCAAUCACACUCCUAAUCACACUUGCAGAUGCACUUUUAUCUCUAUACUUGAGUUUAUGUGGUCUUUGUCCCUGCACAGUUGAAUUAGAUGACCAAACUACAAUGAACUUUUGGGUUGCAAAUUCUAGGAGGUCCAAUAAGCCUUCUCUUGUAAUGCUUCAUGGGUAUGGUGGCAAUUCAAAGUGGCAAUUCAUCCAUCAAGUGGGUUCACUUUCUCAAAGUUUCAAUCUAUACAUACCUGAUCUAUUGUUCUUUGGCAAAUCCUACACCAACAGGCCUGAAAGGACAGAGGUUUUCCAAUCAAAAUGUGUGGCAGAAGCGUUGAAGACAUUAGGGGUGGAGAGAUUUGCUGUUUACUCUAUAAGUUAUGGAGGGUAUGUGGCAUAUUGGAUGGCUGAGAUGCAUCCAGAGUUGGUGGAGAAGGUUGUGGUUGUGAGUUGUGGGGUUGAGACAGAGGAGCAGAAAAGAGAGCAGAUCAAUAAGGUUGGAAGCAAUGCAUUGAAUCUCCUUGUACCUGAAAGUGCUCACGAUCUGAGGCUCUUGGUGAAUCUGACAAUGCACAAACCUGGCCCUUCUAAGUGGGUCCCUGAUAUUUUCCUUCAUGGGUUCAUCAAUGUGACCUAUAAACAACACAGGAAGGAGAAAUUAGAGCUAGCACAGCACUUGCUGAGGAAAAAAGCAGAUAUAGACCUUCCUAUUCUAACUCAGGAAACAUUGAUAAUUUGGGGAGACAAAGAUGAUGUCUUCCCUGUGUACUUGGCCUAUCAGCUGCAAAGGCAGUUGGGGCCAAAAUCAAAGGUGGAGAUAAUCAAGGACACAGGUCAUGCAGUAAAUAUGGAUUCACCCAUUUCCCUGAAUGCUCUGAUAACUUCAUUUGUUUUGGGUUACUCUUAGUGGGGCAGACUUGCAUUAUCAAAUAUAUUGAAUGAUGUAUUAGUUUUAGGUUAAACAGAGAUUGCUGCUGGCCACAUAUGGAGCAAAAUUGUAUAUAUAAGUAGGAUAUUUUCAUGUUAUUGGUGAAGUUGGAAUGAGGAGAAACGCAAACACAGAAACAGGGUUAUGCUUGCUUUAUGGGUCAUCUUUGAUUAAUUUAUGCAGCUACAGCUGUGAGAUGGCCUAACUUUUGCAAGCAGGCAUGCCUUGAAUCUUGAUGUAA